UACUAUAUCUCCUUGUAGGCUGAUUCUCGAAAAGGAUUCCUCAUGUGCGUGUAUAACUAGGAUAUUCGAGAUUUUCUAAAAUACUUUAUGUAAUACAAGUAAUCUAAAAGUGUUAUAAGAUUGGCUAUAAAAUAAACCCUUAUUCAAUAAUAAUCAAUAUAGUAUAGGAACUAAUUCCAGCCAAAAUUACACAGUUCGCCCAAGUAGAGAUCUGCGUCUAUCGCAAUAUGGCCGUCCUGUAAUGAUUUGGUGGUCAGUGAUAUUAUUGUGAUUUUAUCUCAUCUAAAAUAUCAUAAUGGAACUUCGAGUUGGGAAUAAGUACAGACUGGGUCGUAAAAUUGGCUCAGGCUCCUUUGGGGAUAUUUAUCUUGGAACCAAUAUUGUGACCAAAGAGGAGGUAGCAAUUAAAUUAGAAUGCAUAAAAACAAGACAUCCCCAAUUACACAUAGAAAGUAAAUUUUAUAAGCUUAUGCAAGGAGGACUUGGUAUUCCUGCAAUAAAAUGGUGUGGGUCUGAAGGAGACUACAAUGUGAUGGUUAUGGAAUUGCUCGGUCCCUCCUUGGAAGACUUGUUUAAUUUUUGUUCACGCCGUUUCUCCUUGAAGACUGUGCUAAUUCUUGCUGAUCAGCUCAUCACCCGUAUUGAAGAUAUUCAUUAUAGAAACUUCAUCCAUAGAGAUAUCAAACCAGAUAACUUUCUUAUGGGUUUAGGUAAAAAAGGGAAUUUAGUAUACAUAAUAGAUUUUGGCUUAGCAAAGAAGUACAAAGAUCCACGCACGCUGCAACAUAUUCCAUACAGAGAAAACAAGAAUUUAACAGGUACGGCGAGAUAUGCUUCGAUUAAUACGCAUUUAGGCAUAGAACAGUCGCGUCGUGAUGACUUGGAGUCACUUGGAUACGUGCUAAUGUAUUUCAACCGCGGUAGCCUUCCAUGGCAGGGUCUCAAAGCUGCCACAAAACGUCAGAAAUAUGAGAGAAUAUCUGAAAAGAAACUUUCAACACCAUUUGAUGAGCUUUGUAAAAACCACCCAAUUGAGUUCCAACUGUACCUCAAGUACUGCCGACGGCUGCGUUUCGAGGAGAGGCCCGACUAUAGUCACCUCCGUCAAUUGUUCCGUACUCUCUUCCAUCGACAAGGAUUCACCUAUGACUAUAUGUUUGAUUGGAAUAUGCUCAAAUUUGGAGGCCCACGAGGAAAUUACCAAUCAGGUGGUAAUGAUCGCACUAUUAGACGCCAUGAACAAAAUCAAGAACAAGAAACUACGGCUGGUGCGGCAGGACAACCUAGUACGACGGUGGCGGCCAUCUCGGAGUGGCGGUGAGGGGCCUCACCCUCCGUACACUAAUAUAACACCAACAUUCUGAAGCCCUGUUAGUAUUGUGACCUGCAUGUUAUGUUCUCCCGAACAAACAUUACAGACUCGGCACCCCCUUACAUGACGAGUGAAUUUACCAUCUACGAUGUCGCCAAAUUCGUUAGGAAUUGACAGCGUGAACGUACUACGACGUUCGUACGUGACGGCACGGAAUGCUAAAUCUGUAUUAAAGAAAACAAUUUUGUACGCAUUCAUGUUAACGUUCAUAUAUUGUAAAUUAUUUAAUUUUAGAAUAAGUAAGUUUAUGAGUGGGCCGUGGACUAAAUGAAAUAGAACGUUUUUGUCGUUUUAUUGUGACUCAUUGGAGCAUAGCUAUAUAAAUAGGCCUACCCAAGCAUCCAUUGUACUUUAUGCUCAGUUAUAUUUAGAUUUAAGAGUAAGGCGAAAUACUGACAAAUUAUACUAUCUCUUAAAGUAUAUGACCAUCAGGAUGUAUUUUCUUUUUUACUUUUAAACUAAAUUGUGAUUAUAAUAGAGAUAAUGAAAAAAAUAUUAAAUGUUUUUUUUUUUUAAUUUACAGUAAAACAUUUAGUUGUGGGCAUAGCAAUUACAAUUUUAAUAUUUUUUUGGGUUUUGAUUCUAAGCUAUAAAUUGUUUUUGCAAUUUUUACACAACAGUUGACUGAUAACUACUGAAAUAAAAUUUCAUUUGUGUAUAUAAAUGUAAAUGAGUUAAAAAUGUGUGCAAUAAUAGUCUUUGUCCUUCAUUUUUUUUAACAUAUUAAUCAAAAUUGUUGUCUUCCAAAUUAUUUUGCACAUCCAUCAAAUUUUAAAAAAUUGAAACAUUCAAUCUCCAUGACCUACUUGGUCUGUCUAGCCACUGCCAUAGUUUUAACUAGAUAAAUUUUUAAAUUGUUUAAAUAUUAUAGAAUUUCAAUUGAGCUAGACCUGAAUAAUAAUAUAGUGGAUUGUUGAACAUUUUAUUCCAGAAUCAUUGUAUUUUUUUAUCAUUUUCAAAAAGGUUAUGUAUUUAAUUUGACUUCUCUCAAUUUAAUCCAAAGUAUUCACUCCCGUGUGGCCUGAUAUUACUUUUUUCAAAAACAAAAGUAAAAUUUUUUUUUUUUUUAAUAAAUCCUUGAAAGUUUACAUGCUUCCAGACAAUUACUAAUCCCAUCAUGUUUAUCUUCUAUAUCUUUUCUUUUUGUAUAAACUAUGAUCUCAUAUAUUUUACCAAAAUUUUACCUUUGUACACUUAACAAAUUGCCUAUAAUAUUGAUUGGUUACCAUUGCUAUAUCCCAUUUAAAUGCAAUACUAUUUAUAGUAUUACAUUAUAUUGUACCCUAAUUAAUAAAUAUUCCAACACAAGAAACAGGAAAAAUAUAGUUUAUUUUGAACAUGUGUAAUUAGUUUAUUGAAGUUUGUAAAUAUUAAUUACUUCAUAAGUGCGGAGUGCUGUAUUAUGUAUUUCUCAGUAGCAAGUGGCGUAUUGUUUGUAUUUUUUUUUGUACAUGAAUGUUCAUCAUAAUGGACCACCCUUUUCUUAAUAUGACUGAGAAUUAGGUUCAAUUUUAUGUAAAUAUUUUAGUUUCGUUUGAUGGUUGUACUACAAAUCUUAUAAGAUUAAUAUUAUCCUCAGAUAAGUUUUUAGUUUUUAUUUAAACAUGUCAAUUUUUUAAUACUUAAAAAUUAUUUUAAAUAUUGAUAUAAGAAAUGUAGUUAUUUUGAACUUUAUUUCAUUAUCUGGAGCUUGUUUCAUUGACUAUAUACAUUAUGAUUACUUUAAUUCAAUUGUAAUACAUAAGUUGUUAGUCAACAGGGUAUAUAAUAGCAUUUUAAACAGGCAUGUUAUUUAAACAGACAACAUUAUUCCCUUGUGUGCUGUAUCUGAAAGGUUUUGAGUCGACUGAAGUGUUCAGUUUAGUUCUUAUAAUUAUAUAUCAUCAUGUACAUGAAUACAAUUUAAUGAUAUCUAUAUAUUUUUUGUGAACUAACAUUGAUUAGAUGCAUUGUGUUAAAAUUGUGUUCAUAUGCUUCAAAACGGCAGUGUUAUCUUGAACCGCUAUAAGCGACGGCGAACGGAGCGAUGAUUGAGCAGUAUGCGGCGAGUGCGCGGGAGUGCGGCGGCGUCGCGGCGGUUGCUCGGCAACUGUGCGGCGGUCGCUCGGCAACUGUGCGGCGGUCGCUCGGCAACUUUCCUGCGUUGUCCCGUGUGUUGAGUGCCGUUAUUUUUUAUGUCGAUAAACGCUUUUGGCGUGGAAUGGUCGUGCUUGCUCUAGCGUAAGUGUACGCUCUAAUCGACGAAAGACUUUAUGGAUCUUGUAUAUAUAAUAAUUGUAAGGUAUUUAGAUAAGCUGACACACUGUUUUUUACAAUAUCCUAGGUAAUGAAAAUAAAUACAUACAUAACUGUU